AUGAUCAAUACAAAUCUUAUUACAUGUACGCUUUGUCGUAGUUAUUUUGCUGAUCCUCGUCAGAUACCUUGUUCACAUUCAUUUUGUUUUGAUUGUAUAUCAGGUCGUUUCGAUGAUGAUACAUUAUUAUUAGUUUGUCCAAAAUGUGAAAAACUUCAUCAAUAUAAUUCACGUGAGGAAUUUGAGAAUCGUUGUAUGCGUGAUGGAUUUCUUGCAUCAAUGGUAGCACAAUUUAAAAAAAAUCAAAGUCGAUCAGCGGCUAUAUCAUCAGGACUUCUAUCUCGACCAACAUCAUCUAUGUCACAAAUAGCACCAAUUCAUAGAUUUACACCAAUACGUAUGUUAUCUCAAGAUAUUAAUUUAAGUUAUGAACAAUCAUAUUCCGAACGUUCAACACCAUCAAUUUAUAAUCAACAGAGAUCAUCAUCCGUUUUACCACAAGCAACAAAUCGUAUAUUUAGAGCUAAAUGUCAAUCAUGUAAUAUAAAAGAUGAAUUAAUUAUAUGUACUCAUUGCGACAAUGUCAUUUGUUUUAAAUGUGCUGAUGAACAUAAACGUAUUAUUAAUAAUGAUGUUAAACGUGAAUGGAAACUAUGUAAAACAAAAUUUGAUAUAAUUCAUGAACGAUCAAUGCAUUUUGAGGCUGAUCAAGAAGUAUGUGAGUGUAAAGCACGUGAAUUGCAAGUAUCAAUUGAUCAUCAAAGCGAGAAAUUAAUUCAAACAGUAAAUAAUUAUAAGAAUGCUUAUUUUGAUUUAAUUGAAAAACAUCUACGAACAUAUAAACAAUUGUUUGCACAUGAACAAGUUAUGGAUGAGUAUGAAUCAAUUGAUGAACGUGUUAAUAAUUUACUAAGAUCUACGGAUAUAACUGCUGAAAAAAUAGGAGAUUUUUCAUUUGAAAUCGAACAUCUUGAAAGUCGAUUAGAUAAUUUAAAUAAACUUCUAGAUUCAAAUGAAUUAAAAUUUCCCGUACUUACAUUACCUGAACAAAUUGAUAUAUCAUCACUUUUUGGUACAUUAGAAUUUAUUCCAUUAGAUUCCGAUUCAUCACAUAUCGAUGAUUUACCAUAUAAACCUGAUCAUGAUGAUUAUAUAUUUAUUGAACCAUUACAAAAUAAAUCAAAUAAAAUUGAUCAACUUUUAACACCAUUACCUAUUCCAUUAGCACCAAAAAAGAAACUUCUAUGGCAACUUGACUAUAAAUCCGUACCGUAUUAUGUUCGUACAUAUAAUCAUCAAUUAUUUGUUUGUGAUAAAUACGGCUAUUUAUCCAUAUAUAAAUUAAAUAAACCAAAUGAUUUUCGAACUAAACCAGUAUUUGUACGAGAAAUAAAAUUAUUUAAUGAUAAUCCAAUAUCAACAUCCGAUGAAGAUCAAACAAUAAUCGAUUCAUUUGUUGUUUAUAAAUUAUGGAUUAUUGUUUUUAAACGUAAAAAAAAUGAAUUAAAUGGUACAAUCUAUUUAUUUACACAUGAUGGUAAACCUGUACCGAAUGGUAAAUAUAUGCAUAAUCAUCCAUCACGUGAAUUUACAAUUGAUAUUGAAACAAAUAUUUUAUGGUCACUUGAUCAAAAACAACUUUGUCUUUUUUAUUAUCAAUUACCUGAUCAAAUAAAAUUAUCAUCGAAUUCAAUUGAAGAUUAUUUUCAAAAUCGUUAUUCACAUGUACAAUUUUCAAAACCAUUUGCACCUAAACAUAUAUCUGUUAAUAAAAAUGUUUUAGCUGUCUUAGAUAAAAAUCGACAAGCUGUACAUGUUUAUGAUAAACAAACUAGACAAGAAUUAUAUGAACAUGUAAAUAAUUAUAAUUAUACAACACAUUUUUGUUGGGAUAUGGCAUUAUUUUCUAAUAAUAGUUUACUUAUUAAACUUGAUGAAACGAGUACAUUAAAAACAGGACCAUCAAAACAUAUUUAUUUACAACUUGAUACAACAAAUCAACGUAAUGUUAUUGGAAUAAUUGAAGAAAUUGAUGCAUAUGGAAUGAUAAUAACAACAACAGAUGAAAUUCUUAUUGGUGUUAGAAUAAAUACCAAAGGAACAGUGAAAUGUUAUGCUUAG